CCAUUAUCAGUCUAGCUGCACGAAGGUUCGGCUCCAGAAGGUUCACAGUGCUGUGAAUUACAACAAGUGGAUGCCUUUUUAAAAAUAACACAUUGGUUUGGAUUGCAGAAGCGUAACUGUUUUGGUGGCACCGAAAAUAAACAAACAGGAGGAAGACACUUUACUUAGUAAGACACUUUGGAAACGUUCAUGCCCGUGCCCUUGAAGAUCAUCUGCGUUUUGUUUUGGGUUUUUAAGUGGAUAUUUAUCAUCAAAGGAUCCCCUUAUUGAAAAGAAGAAAGCCCAGCGGUGUUCGGUGAUGAAGUCAGUGGUCCACAUUAAUCAAACAGCCAAGCCCUUGGCCUUCUCGUUUGUGCCAACCAUUCGAAGACUCCCUGGUCACGUUCAAAUAGUCGAUACCAGAUUCUCUCACCAGCCCGGAAAACAGCGAAGCCCUGUGACCAGUUCAGCAAUGAUGAAUGAGGUUUUGUGCAUCACUGAAGAAGAACCCUCUCGAGAUGUUGGAGUGGAAGAGGGCAUUGUACAAGGCACUUCAAACCAAUGUUGGUUCAAUAAUGAAGGAACGCCUGCAUCUGCCGACGAAGCUUCACAAAUCCAGGGGAUUUUCAAGGCUGAACUCGUCUUUCUGACAGGCUCAUGUGGAAGCGAUGGUGAUUGCUUCUCUGGAGAAGAUGGAGCAGACCUCUCAGCAAGGACGUUGCCUUCGUUGUAUUUGCAUCCAAAUCCUUUAAUCUACGACAAAGGCACUUCUGUUGGACCGCAUGUUAUUGGGGAUGAAUCGAAGGUUCUUUUGUUUCAAGAUACUGAGGAGAAGCUGGACAGGACUUUGCAGGGAUCACUCUUUCAGUCAAAUACAUCUUCUCUGUCUCCUCAUAUGAUCAGUACCCAAUCACUAACCUCCACCCUUCAGAGUGAAGAUAGAUGUCCCACUGAUCAGAGGCGGGCUUGCCUUUCACCUGUGUCAAAUAAAUCGCCACUUUAUUUCAUUGCCAAUAGAAACACAGAAAAUAAAUCUUCCAGUUUGCCUAAGUCCAGUGUCUUGUCUGCAUCUGAGACGUCCUUCUUAUCUUCCAGUUCCUUACCUUCGGCACUUCAUACAAAAUCCCUGUCCCCAUCCAACUCUCCCGUCAAGACCUCCAAAGCAGCGUCUCUUCUCUACCCUCUAGCUCCAUUACACUCUCGGAGCUGCAGUGAUUUGCACUCUUCUGCAGUUUGGUGUUCCUCAUCCCUGCCCUCCUUGAGAUCCACAGUGGGGUCUUCGACGUGUGUACAGUCUUCACCUCAUUCUUCCAGCCCGAAUGUACGUUCUCCCACCUCUCAGCAACCAUCCCGUCACCGCUCCAGAACUCCUGACUCUUCCCAACAAGCCUCGGUACACAGUAAUUUAGCGAAACCUAGUGUCGGGUCCUCUCCCCCGACUCAGCUGUCAUUGUUAACUUCCAUGUUAAGAUCUGGAAAACUGACUCCAGCAUCAUCCUCAGUGCGGUCAGAAACAGUUUCCUCCCCUACAUACUUCAGCACCGCUGGUUUACGAUCUUCCAGCAAAUCGCCAUCCCCACAAACCUCACAGGCAUCUUCGUCCAGUCAAAAAGCCAGAACACUCUCUCCCACACCAGGGACCUGUUUCCAGAGCAGCUCUAGAAUGGCCUCAAAUGUUUCUUCUAUCUCGCCCAGAUCCACGUCCUCUCCUUUGUUCCCAAAGCCGGCGGCUCAUUCGGUUCAUUCCACUUCUACAUCGUUAUCCAAGAGGCAUAGAAAUAGUUCCAGAGAGAGAGCUCACACUCCGCCACCCUUUCCUUCUGCUCAACUCAAAGCUCAUCUCUUGAAGCUGGCUAAUUCCACACCCACGCUGUCUUCCUUGUGUCACGACUCAAAGCCUCCGAUAUCACCCCAUGUUUUCUUCCCAAUCCGUAGACAGCCUUCUCCUGUCCCACUGCACGAUUCCUCACAUCAAUCCCCUACCAUGCAGGAACAAGAACCUCUCUCAUCAAACAAAUGGUCGGACCCUUCACCCUCUAAAAGAUCUUGGCAGAAUUCUCCAUCUUCUCGCACUUCAAGUUUGAAUUAUUGCCCGGUAAAAUAUGAUCUUCCUUUGUUUGGAACGACACGACCUUCCCAUUCUCCUACUGCAAGCCCCUUCAGUACUUCCCCCAUCUUAGAACAGUCCGUAUCAUCUUCUCCGACCUCAGCUUCUUCAUCCCCCACUCCAGUGAAUUCAUUCUCUUCUUGCUCGACCCCAGUUAAUUCUUCCCUCAGCUCUGGUUUCCUUACUCCUACUCCCAUGGCUGUUGGUCCUCCUACCACUUCACCCACAUGGCAUCAAACCCCUCCUCGUUCCUCCUCUUUGAAGCCAGACUCCCAUUCCACCCCCCUGAAUUAUUCGUCCUCACUUAAACCUCCUACUCCAGAGCAGUUAUCUCGUCAACCUUCACCUCUUGCUAAAUUCAGUGGCAAUGUUAAUACUCCAGCUCACACUGCUGCUCGUUUCUCUAACCCCAGCACUGACCCACCAUUGCCUGGUCUUGUAACAUCCCCUCCACCACCAUCACCCACCCCAAGAGCCGGCACACAUUCUCCACCUUUACCCUGUUCCACUGAGACUAAGAAACCAGAACAACAGUACAAGAUCAAGUCACGCUAUAAGGCUUUUGCAGCAAUACCAACCAAUACACUGCUUUUGGAUCAGAAGGCCAUCGAUGAAGCAGUCAGUGACUCGAUGGGAUCUGCAGCACAAAACACAUCCGACGAAACCCAGUCACAAUUCCUUUUUGAGCCUGGCACUCUCAGGAAACAGUCUGAGGAACUGUAUGCUACUAUUGAGAAAGUACUGGAGGAUCCAUUGCCAAUGCGCUGCACGAGUUCUUCUCUCAAUUCCCCACAGAGGUCGUUGGAUGCAGGAGGCCGCCAACUUUUUAGUCCCACACCGAAAUCAGCUGGAAGAGAAACCAAAUAUGCGAAUCUCCAUCUGCCAUCAUAUGAGUCCACAGAGAAGAGAGCUACAAGACCUGGUGUAAUUCGUCCAGUUACUGUAAUGCAGAGGCAACCUGCAAUGCCCAAGAAGGAAGCCAAAUGCCCCAAUAGUUUCACGCAACAUACCGAUGAAAUCGAUGACACUGAAUUCAAAGAGUGGCUCUUCCCACUCUCUGCCAUCCUAACGUCUGUCUCACACCCCACUGCGUGCAAUGAAACUUACCGGAACAUGCCGUGCUCACAGGACAUAUCCCAGUCCAUUCCUCUAUCUCUCUCACCCGUCACUUGCCUAACCUCUGGAUCACGCAUUUGCUUCUCUCCCAUUGCCCCAUGUAAUUACUAUAUGACCUCUAACCUCUCUCGCAGCCUUCACUCCCUAUAUAUUAAGCCACAACACUCAAUAACAACAAUCCAUGAGAAUGAAGCUUUGGGCAUCAAUGAGCUUGUGAAUGCAACAACAAAACCAAUCAAAGAUCAGCUUCAGAGGAAAGGCACUGAGCGAGGAUCUAGGCGCUCACCAACGGAUUACCCUGGCAGUGAUGAGGAAGUAAGGAACGAGAACGAGGAACGAGAACAAACCAUCAAAUGAUGAAUGAAGGUGACAAGACUGUAAUAUGCUGUAGACCAUCUCCUGGUCUAACGUUUCAACUGAAAGCACAUUUAAAAAGAGCUUCUUGUAAAUAUGUAAUAAAAAAAUUCUAACCAUUACGAAGUGCUGCCAUUGUAACCACAAAAAAAAAAUCAAAUAAUGAUUACAUUAUUUAUUUAAUAAAAUCCCAACCCUUUUAAAAUUGCUGAUGAAGGAACAAGAAACUGCAGGUGCUUGGUUAUACACAAAAGGACACAAAGCACUGGAGUAACUGGGUGGGUAGGCGAGAUUCCCGGUUGAGACCCCAAAUAUCCAUGUUCUCCAGAGAUGCUGCCUGACCUGCAGAGUUACUGCAGCACUUUGUGUCCUUUUAAAAUUGCCAUCUGAUGAUAUUUACAAUGUAAACAUUCAAUGUGGUCAGAUAACAGUAAUUGCUCACAUUCUUCUGGAUGAGAAUCACCUGUAGCAGUAGAUAAAUGGGCAAUGA